AGAGAGCGAGAGAAGUACGAGAGAUAGAUAGCUGGUUCACUGUCAGUGACACAAAUAAAGCUUUAUGGCUGGAGAGACUUUGUGACAUCGAAGAAGGCCCGCAACGAACUUGAAAAACGGUUCAACAUUUUGCUCCAGUUUGUGUCGCCUAAACCACAAUCCUCUUUAUGCUCACCAUCAUGCUGAGUUUUACUUUUUCUGGCAUCUGUUCUUAUGUCUUGCGCAGUGUAUUCAGCUGGGCUUUAUGAGCACAUGAGUUGCACAGCAUUUCGUCUGUUUUGCAGAGCAAUAUAUAUUUUUGCGAAACACGUACAUCGUUAAUUUAUUGCGUUGUUGGCCGAGAUUCUUCAGAAAGAUCUGAGGAGUUUCAGUGCGUUUGCGAAGCUCAACGGCUGCACAUACAUGUACGAAGCGUAUGUGAGUGUGAUUUGCUACACGACACCGUGUGCGGAACUGCGGAUGCAUUGCGAACCAUUCAUCAGGAAAUUCCUUAUUCAGCAAUAAUAUGAGCGGGCUGGCUUUGGUGGUAAUCGGGGUCUCUGGGUGAUUACGAUUGGUAUUUGAGCGGCGAGUCGGCAUAAUUCGUCUGAUAAAACGGAGGCGGGCAAUUUCGUCAUUUGUAAUCUAAACACAUGUCAUCGGAAUCUGAGUCCAAGUGUCAAUUUUUUCCCUGCAAGUGAUGCGCUUUCGUGACGGAAAGGAAUGUGAUAUGCAUCAGGGAAUUGCUUGAGCGCACCGUCUUUCGGCAUUGUAUUCCCCCUGUUUUGGUUUCUUUGGUGGGUUUUAAGUUGCAGGCGUUAAAGCAAAGACCGGCUUGAAGAUGAACUUAAGGUUGGCGGAAAGUGAUUUCGGGCAUCAUUCACGAACGCACAGUGAAUCAUCAAGCGGCUCGAUGGACGAACCUGGCCGACGUCAGCAGUUGGAAACCUUGCUGGAGAAGACCGACGAAGACGUUGCUGAUGAAUGUUUUGUUCCUAGUAGCAAGACACUAUUCUAUCUGUCCGAAUCGCAGCCGGUGCUGUCGAGUUCGAUUUUGACUGACUGCAGCAGCAGCACUGAGCCGAGCAACGGUAAUGAAUUUGUUAAUGUCGCUAAGCCUGCCAAAAGCCAGCAAACCAUUAAGCCCGAAAAUGCUAAGCAAUGGACCUUCGUGAUUAUUACAACGUUGAUAGCUGUAACGUGCUCAACGAGUCCGCAGCUGGUGCGAGGCGUUGUCUUACCGUUGAUCGCCAUAAUCUCCUUGUGGUGUUGUCUGGAAUUCUUGGUGCUGCAAUUAUGGCAAAAAUCUCCGAUGGUCGGAAGUGCAACAUACCGAUCAAACAAUGUGCGAUCAUUAAAUAGUGUGUACCAGUUGUGUGGUUACGGAUGUAUCGGCGAAUGCAUUGCGUGCUGUUUUGCCAGCUUGUUUCCGGAUUAUCUCCGUAGCCUGAUUGUCCUGUGCAGCAUCGGCUUGACACUCUUCUGCAGCAGGAGUGUGCCCAACACAGCCCGGAUAUCCGUGUCAGUUGUCUUUAUUGCCAUUUGCCGCGCGGCAGCCCAGUGCAUUGCAGUAUUACCAGCCUUGCUGGCACCGUUUACCGUCUACGGGUUGGGCGUAAUUGUGGGAAUCUUCUUGGAGCAGCAGCCCAUUGUGGGGACUGUGCAGUCCACAGAUAGUGCUGUUGGCCGUGUUACUGCGGGUGCUAAUCCCAUCAGCCGACUGACAGAUGCCGAGUGCCAGUCGCGCCAACGUCGGCCCAGUAUCAUGUCCUUAGGAGUUGGUGACAGAACGGUUCCCGUUUGCUGCACAUCAUUGACUCCUAGUGCUCGAGGUCGCAGGACCUCGCUCCCGUCACUUUCCAUGAAUCGGCACCGGCAUUCUUCCGGUUCAAUGCCGAGUUACGAGGCCGCCGUGAUAGCGGAGGCCCAUGGAAUCAUUACGGAUAUGUUGGCCGAUGGGACGCUGCUUCCGCCGCAUAUUGCCAGCGGUCUGCGAGCUGUGGCCAGCCUGCUGGAACAGCCGGGCAUCGGGACGCCAUCUAGCGCGUCGGCUCGACAAAAAAAUGGUCCCUUUGUGUCACUCUCGGAAGUGUGCAGUGAUACGGAAGAGUCGCCUUUCACAGGCGAAAGACCGAACGUCUUACCUAAGCGCUUUCGUCGAAGUUUACCGCUGAGUCUGCUCCGGCGAAUGUCCACUAGCACCUGGACCACCACCACAUCGGCUACCGGCUUGCCGACUUUAGAACCGGAACCAUCCCGUAAACGAAGCACCAGCUUCCGCACAUCUCCCGUAAGCAGUCCGGGGGGCAGUCGCAGCCAGAGCCCAUCGCCCGCCUGCUCUCCCAAUCCCUCCGCCGAUGUCAUUGUGCCCAAGCAGCGGUCUCUCAGCACCAUAAUUCCUUCCAGGGGCAGUCCGGUGACGGCGCCCAUUAAUCGGAAAUAUCAUCGGAGCACUAUCGGCAGUAUCAGUGUGCCGGAAGGAGUGCUAUCCAAAUCAGUGACAUUCAAUCUAGAGCCGACUAAUCUGCGAACAGAUGCGCACGUGCUGUCCGAGGAAUCACGGCCGGCGGAAAAAAUUCAUCUAUCGCCGGCCAUUCGUCGUAUUAAUCUGACGUCGGACUACGAAUCCAGCGAAUCUCCUAGCAACAGCGAGCAUGACGAAUCCGCUGCACUGUUGGAUGAACUGGCUGCACAGAAUGCAGCGCCUGCUGCUGACGAGUCUGCGCUCGUUCCUGAGGAGGGCAGUGAAGUUGAGGAAGAGGAUUUGAUUCCGGGAAGGCAUUAUCGCGUUGGCAACAUAACGUAUGACUUGGAGGUUAUUGACGAGCAUCCGUUGUUGAAUCAUCUGUCGGAAUGGGACUUCCCAGUUUUUGAUUUGUAUAAUGAAAUGGGUGAUCGGAUUCUCAGUCAGGUGGCAUAUAAAAUAUUUCAAGAUGUUGGGUUAUUCGAUACAUUCAAAAUUCCGGUUCAAGAGUUUUUGAAUUACUUCCACACACUGGAAAUGGGAUAUCGAGAUAAACCAUACCAUAAUCGAAUUCAUGCUGCGGAUGUCCUGCACGGAGUGUAUUUCCUUUCUUCUCAACCAAUCCCGGGAUUUAUUCAGAUUCCGUGGCACGAUACACCCAAAGUUCCUAAAACUCGCCCAAAUUCAGCAGACGUGAGCGCAGGCGACGCUUUACCUAAUCUGCGAUUGCAAUAUGCCAACGGCAGCGCGGAGAAUGAUAUUUACGGCAUUAUGGGUUGUAAUCUGCCUCCACUGGAAUUAAUGGCAUUGUAUGCAGCAGCGGCUAUGCACGAUUACGACCAUCCUGGCCGCACUAACGCUUUCCUGGUCGCCACCAAUGCACCGCAGGCUGUAUUGUACAAUGACAGAUCUGUCCUGGAGAAUCAUCAUGCUGCGGCCGCAUGGCGUUUGUUGCUGUGUAAACCGGAAUUUAAUUGGCUCUGUCACUUGGAGAAAGCCGAAUGGAAGCGAUUUCGUUAUCUUGUUAUUGAAGCGGUUCUGGCCACUGAUUUAAAGAGACAUUUUGAAAUUAUUGCAGAAUUUAAUUCCAAGGCAUCAGAUGACGAUGCUCCCGGAUUAGACUGGACUAACGAGACUGAUCGACUAAUGGCGUGUCAAAUGUGCAUUAAGUUGGCCGAUAUCAAUGGCCCGUGUAAGCGAAAGGAUCUUCAUUUGCAGUGGACUUACCGCAUUACGGAGGAAUUUUUUGAACAAGGCGAUGAAGAAGCCAGUCUGGGCCUGCCCAUCUCCCCGUACAUGGACCGGAACAAUCCGCAGCUGGCCAGAUUGCAGGAGAGCUUUAUCAAUCAUCUGGUGGCGCCUCUGUGCAAUGCCUACGGCGAAGCCGGCUUACUCCCCGGUCGGUGGCGGAUCCUGGACGAACCGGAAGACCGAAGCAGCGACUCUAGUCGGAAAACUAGUUUGGAAACCGGUGGACAAAUUCCGGAAGACAGCGUAAGCGAAGAUCCGCUUCCGCUGACAGAGAGAGUGCCAUUGCCGAGGAUAGAGUGCUUAUUAACGGAACAUCUAAAGUCCAAUCACGAGAUGUGGGUAAUCAAGGUUAAAGAAGAAGAACGGCUAAAAGCUGAAAAAGCCGAUUGGGAUUCCAAAAACUCUUCUAGAAAGAACUCGGCAGAGGAGCCCUAGUUUUCUUCAGCAAAGAUCUGUUUAGAGGAUCAGCUGCCCAAGGCGACGGAAUACUGCCCUGAAGCCGAGUGGUCAAACGUUGCUGUGAUGCAUAAUUUACGGAUGGAUUUAUUACUGGGGACUACGGUGCAGUGUAAAAUUUGGAUGCCGGACAGUAAAUUGCGGUGACUUUGAGAGGUCCGGGCAACGAUAGUCGGCGAGACGACGGACAUUACGGAGAAUUUUAUGUGUACAGUACGAUGAUAUUCUUGCUGUGCGUGGUGUUGUGUCAAUUAUCCAAAUUUUAAAAAAAUUCAUCACAGAAAUAUUCUUUAUUUGAGUUCGUAUUUUGCUCAAAAUGAGGAAAUUUUUUGUUGCUUGUGUAUUUCCUGUCUGAUCUCAAAGACCGAGAGACCGAUGUCGAUUUUAUGCUUCGGGUUGAUCCUCUAGGCUCAUGGAAAUACCACUGGAAUGUGUCAUAAUUCUGUUUUCUGGAUUGUGGGUGAUUACAGGGUGCCACUUGGCUGUGGUUUGUUAGAAUAAUUUGGAUGUUUUUAUUGAUAUGUUGGUCUGUUUGAUAAAUGUUUAUAACUAUAACUUAAUUGCUUUUGGAUCUGUUGCGAUGUUUCAGAUUAAAAUAAAAUAACAGUGA